AUGGAUCCGUUAAAUGAUUGUCCGAUUUGUUUCGAGACAUAUGAGAGGUGGAUGGAGACUCCGGAGAUAGAAGGAGGAGGCGGAGAUCCGCCCCGACAUGCCGAGAAGAAGCUAGACUGCUGUGGUCAAUCCUUGUGCUUGCACUGCUAUGGCCACUUGCGCAGAUGUCCAUUCUGUCGUGUGCGUUGGCACGGGGACUCAGAGGACGAUGAUGAUCUCGACCCUGACGAUGCAAACUUUUGGCAGCGCAGAAAUUUUCCCAAUCCAAUCCUCACAGUGUGGGGUACUACUCUAGCAUUGGAUCUGAUUCGGGUGAUGACCUCGUCGGCUCUGACUGGUGCGCGAGCAAUUGCAGCAGCGGCCACCGCUGCAGCCACGGAGUCCCCACUGCUCUUGGCAGGCACUGCAACAGGUGCCGCCGUUGUGGUUGGAGGACUUGCCCUCGUGAAAGCUGCACAACAUCGGCCUGAACAGGCAGAGCGCUUGCAGCAGGCAGUCCGCGAUCGGAUCCGGCAUCAGCUUGUCCUCCGUGUUGCGGCUUCCGACAACAUAAGCAAUUCAUGGCGGAAGGCGGUGACAGAAAUUUGGGAUGCGCUUCAUUGGCACCUCUCGCCACAGCUCAAAGGGAUGCCACAUGUCUAUACUGGGUCGAUCUGGCGGACGAACGCCCGGAUCAAGCACCAUGCUGCGCUCUCUGCUCUUUUGUGCAGUGAUGGCAGCCACGAGAUACCAUCUUCGUCUGCGGCAUCAUCGUCCUCAGCACAAGCUCCCUCGGAGGACACCUUCGUCAGGCUGCGCAUUUGGGGUGAUGUGGUUUUCUGCUUCAUGCUCUGGCUAGACUACAAUCCGCACACGCCGAACUGGGGUGCCUGCACCUCCUACGGGUUGCCGCAUCUGCACUUAUGCUGGCACAAUCGCUGGAGGGAGGAUUUGCGGCAUGUGGUCUGCGACUUGGCCAGACAUGUGGAGAGCGAGUAUGUCCAGGCUGUGCUUCCGCGCCAAGAGCUCAAGUGCGUCGAAUGCUUACUUGCGAUGCUCGACCAUGUCCUUUCUUGGGAGGUUGUGACCUUGGACAGAGGUUCGUCUGAGUUGAUUCAGGCAAGCCUGUGGAACUAUGCCGACUUCUGCACCAAGCUCAAGGAGCGUUUCGCAGAAGCCUGGGCAGCCACAUGGGCGCCCCCGGAAGCCGAAGUGGAGGCUCUUCGCAGCUUCGAGACGCAUGCAGAGGCACUCGUUUGCUCAUUGGCGAACCGGACCCAAAGCGGCUUCCUGCUAGGUAGCCAACUGCAUGGAUCGGGGGUGGAAGAUGCAGAGAGCUUCAAAGCCAUGCCUUUGCCAGUUGCAUCUGCAGGCCUCGAGGAGGAAUCAACACUGCUGGUGGCGAAUCUGCCAUUUGCGGCGACUGCCUCAGGUCAGGUGCAAGUGGUAUGCGCCUGUUGUGCGGGUGACAAGGCUAGACAAGACGGUUACUGGGGCUGA